CCAACCUUCACAACCUACAUUCAAAAUGACUGGCGGAAAGUCUGGCGGCAAGGCUAGCGGUUCCAAGAACGCGCAGUCCCGUUCCUCCAAGGCCGGUCUGGCCUUCCCCGUUGGUCGUGUCCACCGUCUGCUCCGCAAGGGCAACUACGCCCAGCGUGUUGGUGCCGGUGCUCCCGUCUACCUGGCUGCCGUCCUCGAGUACCUCGCUGCUGAAAUCCUCGAGUUGGCUGGUAACGCCGCCCGUGACAACAAGAAGACCCGUAUCAUCCCCCGUCACCUCCAGCUUGCCAUCCGCAACGAUGAGGAGCUGAACAAGCUCCUGGGUCACGUCACCAUCGCCCAGGGUGGUGUCCUCCCCAACAUCCACCAGAACCUCCUCCCCAAGAAGACCCCAAAGGCCGGCAAGGGCAGCCAGGAGCUGUAAACGGUGGUUUUUCUUAUCGCGG